AUGGCGACCUGCACCACCAUGGAGAGCCCUCAACACAUGACCAUUCGAGAGCUCGACCUGAGGACCUGCCACCCAAGCACCGUGGUCGACAGAGUUGGUGCUGUUCCGGUUUUGAAGACAAGCGCUGCUUUCUUCACAUUCCUGCGCGCCAAUCUUGUCCUUCACUCGGCAAUGGUUUCGGCCACUAGCACUCCGCAAUUUGGUUCAUCGGUGCCUUUUUCUUCUUUCGUCCCUCCAUCGCCUUCUCCGCUUGCAGCUUCUACUCCAUACUUUGGACUCGACGAUGAUGAAGACGUCGAGCCAUUGUCUCUCGAGGUUCUCGACAAGCCCCAAGACAAGGUCGAGGGCAUGCGCCUUGUCGCCGACUCGAUUGCCCAGAUGCGCCAGCGGGCCUCACUGAACCUCGUUUUUCACCCAGUCUGCCUCGCCGGUCUAUCAGCUGCCCUUGCUUCUAUCUACCAUUUCAGCGGUGUUUCUCGCGACUCUGGACUCGGCAUGACUGUCUCAUGCGGUGUCAUCAUGAGCUACCUCAUGGGCAUUCGCUAUCUAGCUAGUGGCUACAUCUCUUUGGCCGAACGACUCCGCUGGAACUGGCUACGAUCUGACGAUGGAGAGGAGGACACCCUGCUAGCUGCCCGUCUCAACCAAGAUAUCAUCGGAACCCUUGUCCUUCGCCUUGAACCAAACCAGACAUCCAACCACAGACGACGACGAUCGCUUUCUCUCCGAGGAGGCAAGGGUGUUAUUCGUGCGUGGACCACCAACCUCAACUACCGCGGAAAGGGUGUCGGAAAGGACCUGCUUCAGGAAGCUGUGCGCGUUACCAAGGAGAAGUGUGGAAAGGAUGCCGAAAUUGGAUUUGCUCAGGAGCACGCAAACAGUGCCAUGCUGCUCCCCGGCAUCUUCAAUGCACCCUUUCGACGUGAUGAGGUUCGAGCUACCAGAGCCUUGGACGGCAUCCUGUCCAACUGGGACCUCCUCAAGAGGAGGAGGUAA